UUCAGUCAAUGCUUUUUUGUCUCUUCAAGCGGUUAAAAAUAUAUCGAAAAAACUAUACCUUACGUGCCUCUCUCACUCGAAUUCAAAAUCAAACAAAAAUUUCACAUUAUCUUACACCUACAUGGAUUAUUAGCUCUUCUGCUAAACUAACGAUUCAAUGUUCUCAAGUGCCGGACAGUGCAUUAGUUUAUUGUGCAAUAUCCAUUACAGUGAUUAGUUUAGAUAUAAGAAAGUUAAUAUUUGCUCCAAAAAAGUGAAUUUAUGUUGCAUAUGUUGGUCUAACGAUUAUAUAAGUCGACGAUUCAUUCAAAAAGUAAAAUAGCGAAAAAAAGGCAUUUCAGUGCUCUGUGGUAUUAAGUGUGUGUUGGCUGUUUUUUUGUGAAUGUAUUUUAUUGUUGGCUGAAGAAAAUUUACAUUUUACAUUUGGAAUAAAGUGAUCGUUUAUCUGUGAAUUGAGUUCAUAAUUCACACAAAUUUAUUACUAAAAUAAUCAAUGACCCAUUGUGUAACUUUUGUGAGAGAAAAUAUCUUUGCGUUGGAAAAUCAUUCUGUGUUGAUAUUGAGUUUGUCAUAAAAGUAAAAUAAAAAAUAAUUGAAAAUGGUACGCAGAGCUGCAAAAAAGGCGUCAUCAUCGAAAUUAACUGAAACAUCGUCAUCAUCAAAGGCCACAACAACUACAUCAUCAACGAGCAAGUCAACCGUCGAAAAGAGUGGGAGUCAAAUCUCAAUAAGCUCGGGUGUUUGUAUUGCCGAUGUUACUGACCUGAAUAAGAGUGAUUCACAAGUUUCAUUUGGUAAUGUUUCCACUCAAUAUGUUGUUACUGCACCGGAAAAUCAACCAACACCUCCGAAAGAGCGAAUCAUUUUCGGUGGUACUCAAAUUGUUGAGGUGUCGUCAACAACUGAUCAACGCGAUCAGCAUGCCAUCGACGGUAAAAACAAUAUGAAGAAUAUCGUCAGCGAUGGCAAUGUUCAGACCUUUGAAACGAUGGAAUCGUCGUCCAGUCAAACACAGUCAUCGUUUUCAACGUCCAGUGAAUUUAAGUCGACCACAGAUGUUGAUGGUAAAGUGAACACUACGUCCAGGGAAUGGGGUACAAGUAAAAACAAGGCGACUAGUGACUAUUUGACCUCUAAAAGCGGCACAAAUAUUGAACCGGAAAUAUUUCAAUCACAAAGCCACCAAGCCGAAAAGAUAAAAUAUGACACCGGAAAUAACGGUGACAAUCCUCUAUAUGAGGCAACCAGCAUUGACUCUCAACGAAAAUUGCAACAAAUCGGAAAUACGGCUCCGGUGGGACAUAGCAGUGAUCAUGUCAAGAGAGUGAAAUAUGACGAUAAAUCUAAGAAAUACAUAACGUCGGAAGAGUCAAAAGACAGCAAUGUUAUCGAUUCGAUAACACUGCAAAUGGUCACUAUACCAGAAGAUAAUUCGUCUGCAAUUAAUGUCAUUCAGGAUCUGUCUCGAAACCGCAGCAAUGUUGGAUCAUCAUCUGCUGUGUCGAAUUCGACUAAUUUAACAAAACAAUCCGGAACAUCAAUUGCAUCGACGUCUAGCAAUAUUAUUUCAUCGAAACAAUCCAAAACAUCGAGUUCGACUGUGAUGACCUCAGAUGCAACAGUGACCUCAGGUUCAACUGUUGCAAGCAAUAUUAAAAAUUCGUCGGAUCAAUUGAAAACAACGAAUGACCAAAAUGUCUCCGACACAACAACGACCUAUACUUCCAAGGUAUAUGAUGAUAAAACAAAGACAUGGAACAUUCUGAAUGAAUCUACAAUUAGUGAAAAGGAUGUUGUCGUCAAGGAUGGAAAGACUCAGCGCGAUACUGGGAAUAAGGUUAUCGCAUCUUCCAGUACGAAUGAAAACUUGAAUAGAUCAAAAAAUGUUGCGUCUAGUCAAUCAUCAAAGGAACUAAUGUCCAAAUCUUCCAACAAAACGGAACAGAUAACCACUUCUUCCAGCACGUCCUCAACAUCUCAACAAGUGUUUGACGAAAAAACGAAGCGUUGGCGUGAGGUCGAUGAAAAAACAAUUAAAAAGACGAGACCCUCUGUGGUUCGAUACGUAAGCCAAGAGUCGGACGGAACCAUAACGACAACGUACAAAAAGAAAAAAUUCAACAGAAAUACCGGCAAAUGGACAACGGUUGAAGAGAAAGUCUAUAAAAAUUUGAAUGCAAAUGAAACAAUUCCCGAAAUGAUGGACGACAUUACGAAUAUUACGACGACCACAUAUCAAACCAAAAUAUUUGACUCUAAAACGAAUACUUGGAAGGUGGUUGACGAGAAAUCCUUUACUGACACGCAUACAACGGUUCCACGGGAUAUUGUUGAAGAAAUUGAACGGGAUCAAGCCGAUGUUGCAAAUAUUACGACAACUACUGAAAUAACGAAGAUAUAUGAUGCAAACACAAAUUCUUGGAAAAUUGUUGACAAGCAUUCGCACACCGAUUUCGUUGAGAAAAUUGUUGACCAUCCCCGAGAAACAAUUAUAAUCGAUGAUAUCACUGAUAUCACUAAUAUUAGAAAUGAACGACAUUUUGAUGAAACUCGAACGGAUAUAUCGAAUAUUAAGGACAUUAACAACAUUACUAAUAUCACCAACAAACAAACGUUCAACCAAACGGAUACUGACAAAAAUUCAACUAUUGUGUACGACAGCAUCAACAUUGAUCGGAAAGUUUUCAAAGAUACCACGUCAGUUAUUGAUGAAAAGACUGACGUGAAGAAAACAAGUGGUUCUGAUGUCGUUGAUCGUUCAAUUACAAUCUCUAAAACGAAAGACAACGAAAUUAUCGACGAACUCAACAAGAAUAAAACUAAAACUACAAAAACGUUGCAAACGUUUACAAGUGCCCAUCAAGACCAAUGCAUAUGUGAGAUAUGUACUUGCGGACGACAUAGAUGUACCCAUGAUACUUCAACAACAAAAAUCACCGUUUCAACUGACGACAAAUUUAGUGAAUCAGUUUCUGCAUAUAAAACUGAUUUCGACAAAAAAACAACAGAUUUACACCAAAUUCGAGCUGAAAUCAAACGACCUACUGAUAACCUAAAACCUGAGGGUGAUUUCGAGAGACCAGAAAAGACGAAAUAUGAACCUGCCGAAAGACCAUCUCAGGUCAAACGUCAAGAUAAUUUGCGCCCAGAAGGGGAUUUUUUCACUCCAGAAAAAGAGAAAUUUCGGCCCGCCGAGAAGACAGUUGCGGUUAGACCUCAUGAUAAUUUGGUAGUAUCGUCCGGAGAUUUUGAUGGUAAAACAACGAGCAUGUCAGAAUACACUGGUGAAACAACUGAACGAGUUACUCCUAUUAGACGUAAUACAUGGACAAAAAUUGAAGGGGAAAUGACUACAAGUACAACAUCAACUUCUGAAUAUGUGAACCAUUCGGCGAAUCUUGAGAAAGUGACUAUUAAAAAGGCCACAGACAAUCUAAAGACUGUUGGUGAAACUGAUUUCACUACAACAAAUAUGACUGACUAUACAGAAUCUGAAGUGACUUACGUGAGACCAAGGCAGCGUACUUGGACAAAAGAUGAUUUUGAUAAGUUUUACCAGCGUGUUGAUGAAAAACGAACAACAACUUCUCAAGACAACUAUACAAAUAUAACGCAGACCACAGAUUCCAGACAAACAAUCAUUAAACACGAAGACAAUCUGAAAAUGCAAGGAGAAUUUUAUACUCCAGAAAAACCACAAUUUAAACAAACAGAACGACCUACAGCUGUUCGACCCAUUGACAAUUUAAAGCCAGAAGGAGAAUUUGAAAGACAAGAAAAGCCAAAAUAUCAACCAGCAGACAUACCGAAAGGAGUUAAACGUGAUGACAACUUGCGUAUGGAAGGUGAGUUUUACACACCUGAAAAAACCGCUUUCCGUCCUGCUGAGCGACCUCAGCAAGUAAAGCCAACAGAUAACUUAAAGCCUGAGGGACAGUUUGAGAGACCAAGUAAAGAAGCAUAUAAACCAGCAGAUAUUCCACGAGCUGUAAAACCCGAAGACAAUCUUCGCCCUGAAGGCCAAUUCUAUACUCCUGAAAAAACUGCGUUCCGUCCUGCUGAUCGUCCUCAACAAGUUAGACCUGAGGAUAAUCUGAAGCCUGAAGGCAAAUUCGAAAGACCAGUAAAGGAGUCUUAUCGUCCAGCUGAUAUUCCACAGGCUGUGAGACCUGAAGACAAUCUUCGUCCUGAAGGCCAAUUCUAUGCUCCUGAAAAAACUGCGUUCCGUCCUGCUGAUCGUCCUCAACAAAUUAGACCUGAGGAUAAUCUGAAGCCUGAAGGAAAAUUCGAAAGGCCAGUAAAGGAGUCUUAUCGUCCAGCUGAUAUUCCACAGGCUGUGAGACCUGAAGACAAUCUUCGACCAGAAGGUCAAUUCUAUACUCCAGAGAAAACUGCGUUCCGCCCUGCUGAUCGUCCUCAACAAGUAAGGCCUGAGGAUAAUCUCAGACCCGAAGGCAAAUUUGAAAGACCAGUGAAAGAGUCUUAUCGUCCAGCUGAUAUUCCACAGGCCGUGAGACCUGAAGACAAUCUUCGCCCUGAAGGCCAAUUCUAUACUCCUGAAAAAACUGCGUUCCGUCCUGCUGAUCGUCCUCAACAAAUUAGACCUGAGGAUAAUCUGAAGCCUGAAGGAAAAUUCGAAAGGCCAGUAAAGGAAUCUUAUCGUCCAGCUGAUAUUCCACAGGCUGUGAGACCUGAAGACAAUCUUCGACCAGAAGGUCAAUUCUAUACUCCAGAGAAAACUGCGUUCCGUCCUGCUGAUCGUCCUCAACAAAUUAGACCUGAGGAUAAUCUAAGGCCAGAAGGCAAAUUCGAAAGACCAGUGAAAGAGGCUUAUCGUUCAGCUGAUAUACCGCAGGCUGUGAGACCCGAAGACAAUCUUCGACCCGAAGGUCAAUUUUAUACUCCAGAGAAAACUGAGUUCCGUCCUGCGGAUCGUCCUCAACAAAUAAGACCUGAAGAUAAUCUGAAGCCUGAAGGCAAAUUCGAAAGACCAGUGAAAGAGUCUUAUCGUCCAGCUGAUAUUCCACAGGCUGUGAGACCUGAAGACAAUCUUCGACCAGAAGGUCAAUUCUAUACUCCAGAGAAAACUGCGUUCCGUCCUGCUGAUCGUCCUCAACAAAUUAGACCUGAGGAUAAUCUCAGGCCCGAAGGCAAAUUCGAAAGACCAGUGAAAGAGUCUUAUCGUCCAGCUGAUAUUCCACAGGCUGUGAGACCUGAAGACAAUCUUCGACCAGAAGGUCAAUUCUAUACUCCAGAGAAAACUGCGUUCCGUCCUGCUGAACGUCCUCAACAAAUUAGACCUGAAGAUAAUCUGAAGCCUGAAGGUAAAUUUGAGAGACCAGUGAAAGAGGCUUAUCGUUCAGCUGAUAUACCGCAGGCCGUGAGACCUGAAGACAAUCUUCGCCCCGAAGGCCAGUUCUAUACACCGGAGAAAAUUGCUUUCCGUCCUGCUGAUCGUCCUCAACAAAUAAGACCUGAAGAUAAUCUGAAGCCUGAAGGCAAAUUCGAAAGACCAGUGAAAGAGGCUUAUCGUUCAGCUGAUAUACCACAGGCUGUGAGACCUGAAGACAAUCUUCGGCCCGAAGGCCAGUUCUAUACUCCGGAGAAAAUUGCUUUCCGUCCUGCUGAUCGUCCUCAACAAAUAAGACCUGAAGAUAAUCUGAAGCCUGAAGGCAAAUUCGAAAGACCAGUGAAAGAGGCUUAUCGUUCAGCUGAUAUACCACAGGCUGUGAGACCUGAAGACAAUCUUCGGCCCGAAGGCCAGUUCUAUACUCCGGAGAAAAUUGCUUUCCGUCCUGCUGAUCGUCCUCAACAAAUUAGACCUGAAGAUAAUCUGAAGCCCGAAGGCAAAUUCGAAAGACCAGUGAAGGAGGCUUACCGCUCAGCUGAUAUACCACAGGCUGUGAGACCUGAAGACAAUCUUCGGCCCGAAGGCCAGUUCUAUACUCCGGAGAAAAUUGCUUUCCGUCCUGCUGAUCGUCCUCAACAAAUUAGACCUGAAGAUAAUCUGAAGCCCGAAGGCAAAUUCGAAAGACCAGUGAAGGAGGCUUACCGCUCAGCUGAUAUACCACAGGCUGGUAAGUUUAUCGAAAUUGUAGUAGUACUUCGGAGGACUCAAUUUAACCGUUACAUAAAAAUAGUGAGACCUGAAGACAAUCUUCGGCCCGAAGGCCAGUUCUAUACUCCGGAGAAAAUUGCUUUCCGUCCUGCUGAUCGUCCUCAACAAAUUAGACCUGAAGAUAAUCUGAAACCUGAAGGCAAAUUCGAAAGACCAGUGAAGGAGGCUUACCGCUCAGCUGAUAUACCACAGGCUGUGAGACCUGAAGACAAUCUUCGGCCCGAAGGCCAGUUCUACACUCCGGAGAAAAUUGCUUUCCGUCCUGCUGAUCGUCCUCAACAAAUAAGACCUGAAGAUAAUCUGAAGCCUGAAGGCAAAUUCGAAAGACCAGUGAAAGAGGCUUAUCGUUCAGCUGAUAUACCACAGGCUGUGAGACCUGAAGACAAUCUUCGGCCCGAAGGCCAGUUCUAUACUCCGGAGAAAAUUGCUUUCCGUCCUGCUGAUCGUCCUCAACAAAUUAGACCUGAAGAUAAUCUGAAACCUGAAGGCAAAUUCGAAAGACCAGUGAAGGAGGCUUACCGCUCAGCUGAUAUACCACAGGCUGUGAGACCUGAAGACAAUCUUCGGCCCGAAGGCCAGUUCUAUACUCCGGAGAAAAUUGCUUUCCGUCCUGCUGAUCGUCCUCAACAAAUAAGACCUGAAGAUAAUCUGAAGCCUGAAGGCAAAUUCGAAAGACCAGUGAAAGAGGCUUAUCGUUCAGCUGAUAUACCACAGGCUGUGAGACCUGAAGACAAUCUUCGGCCCGAAGGCCAGUUCUAUACUCCGGAGAAAAUUGCUUUCCGUCCUGCUGAUCGUCCGCAACAAAUUAGACCUGAAGAUAAUCUGAAGCCCGAAGGUAAAUUCGAAAGACCAGUGAAGGAGGCUUACCGCUCAGCUGAUAUACCACAGGCCGUGAGACCUGAAGACAACCUUCGACCGGAAGGUCAAUUCUAUACUCCAGAGAAAACUGCGUUCCGUCCUGCUGAACGUCCUCAACAAAUUAGACCUGAAGAUAAUCUGAAGCCCGAAGGCAAAUUCGAAAGACCAGUGAAGGAGGCUUACCGCUCAGCUGAUAUACCACAGGCUGUGAGACCUGAAGACAAUCUUCGCCCUGAAGGCCAGUUCUAUACUCCAGAGAAAAUUGCUUUCCGUCCCGCUGAUCGUCCUCAACAAAUUAGACCUGAGGAUAAUCUAAGGCCAGAAGGCAAAUUCGAAAGACCAGUGAAAGAGUCUUAUCGUCCAGCUGAUAUUCCACAGGCUGUGAGACCUGAAGACAAUCUUCGACCAGAAGGUCAAUUCUAUACUCCAGAGAAAACUGCGUUCCGUCCUGCUGAUCGUCCUCAACAAAUUAGACCUGAGGAUAAUCUCAGGCCCGAAGGCAAAUUCGAAAGACCAGUGAAGGAGGCUUACCGCUCAGCUGAUAUACCACAGGCUGGUAAGUUUAUCGAAAUUGUAGUAGUACUUCGGAGGACUCAAUUUUACCGUUGCACUAAAUAAGUGAGACCUGAAGACAAUCUUCGCCCUGAAGGACAGUUCUAUACUCCGGAGAAAAUUGCUUUCCGUCCUGCUGAUCGUCCUCAACAAAUUAGACCUGAGGAUAAUCUAAGGCCAGAAGGCAAAUUCGAAAGACCUGUGAAAGAGUCUUAUCGUCCAGCUGAUAUUCCACAGGCUGUGAGACCCGAAGACAAUCUUCGACCAGAAGGUCAAUUCUACACUCCAGAGAAAACUUCGUUCCGUCCUGCUGAUCGUCCUCAACAAAUUAGACCUGAGGAUAAUCUCAGGCCCGAAGGCAAAUUCGAAAGACCAGUGAAGGAAGCUUACCGCUCAGCUGAUAUACCACAGGCUGGUAAGUUUAUCGAAAUUGUAGUAGUACUUCGGAGGACUCAAUUUAACCGUUGCAUUAAAAUAGUGAGACCUGAAGACAAUCUUCGCCCUGAAGGCCAGUUCUAUACUCCGGAGAAAAUUGCUUUCCGUCCCGCUGAUCGUCCUCAACAAAUUAGACCUGAGGAUAAUCUAAGGCCAGAAGGCAAAUUCGAAAGACCUGUGAAAGAGUCUUAUCGUCCAGCUGAUAUUCCACAGGCUGUGAGACCUGAAGACAAUCUUCGACCAGAAGGUCAAUUCUAUACUCCAGAAAAAUCUGCGUUCCGUCCUGCUGAUCGUCCUCAACAAAUUAGACCAGAGGAUAAUCUGAGGCCCGAAGGCAAAUUCGAAAGACCAGUGAAAGAGUCUUAUCGUCCAGCUGAUAUACCCCAGGCCGUGAAACCUGAAGACAAUCUUCGACCUGAAGGUCAAUUCUAUACUCCGGAGAAAACUGCUUUCCGUCCUGCUGAUCGUCCUCAACAAAUUAGACCAGAGGAUAAUCUCAGACCCGAAGGCAAAUUUGAAAGACCAGUGAAAGAGUCUUAUCGUCCAGCUGAUAUACCCCAGGCCGUGAAACCUGAAGACAAUCUUCGUCCCGAAGGUCAGUUCUAUACACCAGAGAAAACUGCGUUCCGCCCUGCUGAUCGUCCUCAACAAAUUAGACCAGAGGAUAAUCUCAGGCCCGAAGGCAAAUUCGAAAGACCAGUGAAAGAGUCGUAUCGCCCAGCUGAUAUACCACAGGCCGUGAAACCUGAAGACAAUCUUCGACCAGAAGGUCAAUUCUACACUCCAGAGAAAACUGCGUUCCGUCCGGCUGAUCGUCCCCAACAGGUUAGACAUGAGGAUAAUCUGAGACCCGAAGGCAAAUUUGAAAGACCAGUAAAGGAAUCUUAUCGUCCAGCUGAUAUUCCACAGGCCGUGAAACCUGAAGACAAUCUUCGACCAGAAGGUCAAUUCUACACUCCAGAGAAAACUGCGUUCCGUCCUGCUGAUCGUCCUCAGCAGGUCAGACCUGAGGAUAAUCUGAGACCAGAAGGCAAAUUUGAAAGACCAGUAAAGGAAUCUUAUCGUCCAGCUGAUAUUCCGCAGGCCGGUAAGUCUGUCGAAAUUGUAGUAACAAUUCAAAAGGACCAUGCUCAUUCUAACCAUUUUAUCAAAAAAGUGAAACCUGAAGACAAUCUUCGACCAGAAGGUCAAUUCUACACUCCGGUAAAAACUGCGUUCCGCCCUGCUGAUCGUCCUCAACAAGUUAGACCUGAGGAUAAUCUGAGACCCGAAGGCAAAUUCGAAAGACCAGUGAAAGAGUCUUAUCGCCCAGCUGAUAUACCACUGGCUGUGAAACCGGAAGACAAUCUUCGACCAGAAGGUCAAUUCUACACUCCAGAGAAGACUGCGUUCCGUCCGGCUGAUCGUCCCCAACAGGUUAGACAUGAGGAUAAUCUGAGACCCGAAGGCAAAUUUGAAAGACCAGUAAAGGAGUCUUAUCGUCCAGCUGAUAUACCACAGGCCGUGAAACCUGAAGACAAUCUUCGACCAGAAGGACAGUUUUAUACUCCGGAGAAAACAGCGUUCCGUCCUGCUGAUCGUCCUCAACAAAUUAAACCAGAGGAUAAUCUAAGGCCCGAAGGAAAGUUUGAUACCCCAGUUAAAGAAUCGUUUAGGCCAGCUGAACGACCCAAGCAGAUACGUCGAGAAGACAAUUUAAAACCGGAAGGAAAGAUGUAUAUUCCCGAAAAGACAGAGUUUAAGUCGACCGAGAAACGAAAACAAGUACGUCACAAUGAUAAUUUGACUACUGAAGGCGAAAUGCACAUUUACAAGAAAAAUGAAAUAGUCAACGGAACUGUGGAAAAAACUAACAUAAUUCGUCACGAGGACAAUCUCAAGAUCACUGGCCAAUUUGUUGAUAUGGUUGCUAAGGAUGACUACAGCGUAACAUCUGGUGAAAGGGCAAAGGCUGUAAGACAAGAAGAUAAUUUGAAAGUUGAAGGAAAAUUCACGUCUGCCAGAUCUUCUGACGACUAUCGCUCAGUUAGGGCUGAAAAAGUGGUGGUAGUAAAAACUAAAGAUAAUUUGAAAUUAGAAGGAAAUUUCGAAGAUCACACUAAGCGUGACGAUUACACCGUUAUUAAAGGCGAGCGUGUUGAUGUGGUAAGGCGUCCAGAUAAUUUAAAACUAGAGGGUGAAUUUGACAGGCCCGAACAACGUAAAUUUGAACCAAGUCCCCGGCCUAAAGCAACUAAGCCAGUUGAUAACUUGAGAGUUACCGGUGAUUUCGAAGGAAAGUCUUCAGUGCAAAAAUCUGAAUUUAAAAAUGUAAAGGGAGAACGUAGUGAAAUAGUCAAGCACAGCGAUCAAAUUACCUUAAACACUGGUACCAUGUCCAAAACAACGACGAAUUCAGAUUCGUUCGACAAAAAGACUGUAGUUCAGCCCAAACAACCUCGUAAGAAUAACAUGCAGUCCAGUAUUUCGUUAGGAACUGACACAAAUACGAUGAAGACAACAAACCAAAUGAAUUAUACCUCAACGCGUAAUGUGAAUAAACAAAAUGUGGUUUAUGAAACGAAAGAAGACCGCAAGGAUUCGAAUGGUUUGAGAGAUGGUACUAUUGCAAUUACUACAAUGAAAGUGACAACAGUUUUGGCUAACGAAAAGAAGCAGGGCCCUCAGCCGCCAGAAAUAAUCAAAACAGCAAAACAAACGAGAGUGCAUGAAGAAACCAAUAAGACAUUGUCAAAAUCUAACGUUAUAAAUCAGACCAAUAUCAUCAAUGAAUCGAACAUCGUAAAUCAGAUUGAUACCGUGGACACAAAGAGCACCCACAUACAAAACGAUUCUAAAACAUCGAUAUCAUCAAACGUUAUCAACCGACAAUCGGCCAUCAAAGACAAUUCAAACAUAAAAAAUCGAUCUUCAAAUAUAUUGAAUACAGAUGUGAGCGGUCAGUCGAUGGAAUCAAAAAGUACCAGCAGCAGAAAUACUUCAAAUCAUCAAUCGACCAUUAAUGGUAACUUAAGUAUCAAGAACCGAUCCUCAGAUAUAUUGAACACAGGUGCGAACGGCCAUACAUUGGAAUCUUCUACAAGCAGCACCAGUAGAUCUACCAAUGUUAUAAAUGAUGGAGGCACCACAAUAACCAGAACUUCCAAAACGGAAUCCAGUUCCGCUAAUAUCAAGAACAGAUCAUCAGACAUAUUAAACACUGAAAAUAGAUCGACAAGCGUCACAACUAACAGCUCAUCGAAUAUGAAAAAUCGAUCGUCAGAUAUUCUUAACAGUGGUCACUCCUUAGAGUCAUCCAAUCAAAAACGUGCGAUGUCCACAACCAGUCAGGCUGACAAAAUAACAAACCAAUUAAAUUUGAGAGGAAAUUCGUCGAUAGAAAAUCGAUCGUCUAGCAAUAAUAUUAUCCAUUCCGAUAGUCACCACCGGUCGAUAAACAAUAUUACAAAUUGUGCUGUUCACAAUUCCAGCCACAACGCAACAACAUCAAUAAAUAAGUCUACAACCCAUUCCGAACAAAGGCGAGAUUAUGUUAAUUCGAAUGCAUCAUCUGUGGACCAGAAACAACACCAUCGUAAGAAUACCCUUACAUCCAGAGAAGACGUUAGCAACUCGGUGUUUCAUCGUAAAGACGGUAUCGUCUCUAAUUCAAAUGAAGCAGUACAUUCGAAUAGUCUAAGUACAGCAGCUGCCAUACAAAGGAAGAGCAUAUCGAAUUUACACGAUCAGGCGUUAUACACGUCAUCGAAUCGAAAGAGUUACAGCACCAUACAUCGCAAUGAAAAGGAGAUAGAGAGAAGUGGCCAGAAUUGGUCACACAGUCAUAAUAUAACAGGUGGCGGUGAUUUUUACGGCAAGGCCGAAUCGAAGAGCUACGGAAACUUUAGUGGGCACAAUCGUAAUGAUCGCGUUGUUACGAAACGAAGCGUUAAUCAGUCAAGUAUUGUAUUAGGUGACGGUUCCUCAUCGGGGGCUAGCAUGUACAAGCGAGAAUAUGUUAAGGUGCACGACGGUCCAUGUCCAGCAGCUCAUAUCGACAAGGGAACGUUCCAACAUACUCGCGAUACAAAAACGCAUACGUUUUACUCAAGGCGAUAGUGCUUUUUUGUGCAAAAUAAUUUUUU